UCUGUGGGGAAGGUGUUUGUAGGGCGGGGGGAGAUCAUCUGUCCUAUGAUUUCCUCCGUUUGAUUUGGGAGGAGGUUCCUUAUUAGCCGCUCUCCUUCCCCCUGUGUUUUCAAAUGGCUUCCUUACUACCCAUUACGCCUAGAAUGCUUCACCAGAACUUCUAAGUAGUGCUGCCUCUCCCUGCUUUUCCUUUAAGCCCCCCUCGCUUCUGUGAACUCGACUUUCGUCUUCACCCCAACUGAAACGAAACUUAAACUUGUUGUGACGUAGCCAAGAGAUUUAAGAGAAAUGGUGCAAAACCUCUUUAAGAUCUUUAGAGAAAUAUGAAGAAUAUACAGUUCUGAAGAACAUGGAAUAAAGAAACUCAGGCCUAAUAGAAAAUGAAGCAAUUGUGCUAUCUUUGUGUGUAGUCUGGAUAUAAUGAAAGUAAAAAUCAAGAGCUGGCAUGGCGUUGCCUCCUGGCUCUGGGUUGCUAAUGAUGAGAACUGUGGCAUUUGCCGAAUGGCCUUCAAUGGCUGCUGCCCAGACUGUAAAGUGCCAGGAGAUGACUGUCCCCUGGUGUGGGGUCAGUGUUCGCACUGUUUCCACAUGCAUUGCAUUCUCAAGUGGCUUAACUCCCAGCAAGUCCAGCAGCACUGUCCAAUGUGCCGACAGGAGUGGAAGUUCAAAGAGUGAUCAUGGCAAGAUUUCUUCCUCCCCUUGCAACCGUUGGAUUUUAUGGACUACUGAUAAAGCUUUCUAGGGAUUUAUUACCCUCCCCCAAGCUUGGAGAACUUGCUUGUUUAUACAGUGUUGUAUAUACCUUCUGCCUUCCCAGAGCUGCUGAAGCAAGGGAAAGAUGUAGGGGGGCACAGCUACCGCAUGUAAUAUGUUCUCAACAACCUCAUCCUGUAUACAAUUCUUGCCUCUGUUUGCUGUACUAUACCAGCUGUGGUUGCAAGGUCUCUACAGUGUAUAGAGCAGCCUUUCCCAACCUGUGUGCCUCCAGAUGUUGUUGGACCACAAUUCCCAUCUUUCCUGACCAUUGGCAAUGCUGGCUGAGGCUGAUGGGAGUUGUGGUCCAACAACAUCUGGAGGCACACUGGUUGGGAAAGGCAGGUAUAGAGUAUAGGACUAUUUUGGUGAAGACUCGAAUAUUGAGCAGGUAAAUGCCAUAAUGGACUUUGGAAAUUUUACAGCACUUGGGCCCUCUUUAGUAAUACUUGGUUGUGCUUCUUGGUGAUAUGCAUGAAGUCUGAUUUCAGGGAGUUGCCUCUCUCAGCUCUGCUGGAAGUUGAGAGAGUGAGGCAUGAAGCAUCUAAACCUCUUUCCUGUUAUGAAUUAUGCUUAUUUGUAACCUUGUGUCCUAUCACUAUGUAGUUGAACUAGCAUGUAACCUUUAGAUCUCAUCCUCAAUCUGUUUGAUCCAGUUUUGUAGUCCCACUAUUGUCAGUGGAAUUUUGCUCCAUGAUCUAAGGUUUUGAGUGUAAAUAGUGUUAGAGAUUGGGCGGGGGAGAGGCUACACACUUGGCCUGCAGUACAAUAAUAUGUUUGUUCCCCAAAGGCUGUAAUAUCAUAUCUCUCUUGUUGCCAAAUGCUUGCCCACAGUGUAAAUGAGUUACCAUUUGUACAUGGGGUGGUUUCGGUAAAUUAUGUGAUUCAUUCCUUUAAUGCUCCUUGCCUCUUUCAUCUGCUUUGGGAUUCUUCAGGACUGGUCACAGCCAGGAGUAGUGCAAUUUUCUUAACUGUGGCCAAUGUUUUCUCUGGCUGCACCAUGAGAUCAUAGCAUGUGACCUGUGGGGGAGGGGGACGUCCUUGGUCUUUUUUAAACCAUACCUAAAAUUAUUUUUAAUGGAAAAAAGAUUCCUGCACUAGCUUAGCUCUGUAGCCACACAGCCUACAGACCAGCUGUUUUUGAUGCUUCAUCCUGGCUGUGAGUGCCCAGUCCUUUCUGUUGUGUAUGCCACCCCCUCCUGCAAUGUGUAAUUGGUGCCCCUUUAUGGCACCUAAAUGAGAAGGUGGUGUUAGUAAACAAUUCCAAUUUGACCUUUCCAACAGAGAGAAUGACAUUGUGCACUAAGUAAGUUUGCCCUUCUAAAGGGGGAUUCUCCAGCAGAAGCAAAAAGGCUACCUUUCAGUACCCACAAAGCCUCCCCAGCUUUGAGAGAUGUGGCUUUUUUGCAGCAAAGCAUAGCGCAAGACUCUUGACAACUAGGAAAUGCCACAGAAUUUUUCUUAAGUUGAAACAUGUUCUACUUCAGUGUUUUCCAAAUAGAUUUUUAUACCAGAAAAGGUUAUGAACUUGCCUGCUUUCAGCAUAACUUGCCCCCUGUAUUUCUUCAUGAGUCACUGUUUUGUGUAUUUCUCCUAAGGCUAGCACAAAGCUGUAACUUGUGCAAAAACAUAGCAGGCAGCAGAAUCCUCUGAGGGUGGUCAGUUCUACUGUGUGUGACUGGUGUGUGUGUGAGUGAGUGAGUGUAUGUGUAAGUGAUCCAAUGCCACCCAAUGCAGAGAUGUAGAAUUUCCUAUUUCCAGCAGAAGCUGGAAGGAGACAAUGUAAGAAUAGAGAUGCAAUAGUCACAUUCCUGUGUCAUUGAUUAUUUAGGCCCAUGGGACAUUUAUUUCUCAUGACACUUGAAUUUGAUAAAUUACUGUUUCAUCUAAUAUACCUUUACUACAAAAGUGAGAGUUACAGGCUUCUUGCAUCUAAAAUAUUUUACCUUGUUCUCUGUCUUCCAAGAGUUCUGCAAUACCCAAAUGGUACUGGAGAUACAGAAACAGCUUAGUCCUAUAUUUCCUGAAGCAGGGAUGGGGAAUCUGGCCAUCCAGAUGUUUUGACUCAGCCCCAGCUAGUGUGGCCAAUGAUCAGAGUUAUGGUCAGAAUCAUCUGGAGGACAGGGUUCCCUAUCUCUGUCCUAAAGUAAUGUAUUUCUCAUGUGCUGUUUUGUUUCAGGAAAGUCUUGGUAACUUGAAAUUUGCCCUUUUGUGCUUGGCAGAACCAGCACACCAACUGAGAGGCUGAGUGCUGUUCAUGCUUUCAUUUCAAACUGCAGAUCAGUGUAGAAAAUGUUGGCAUGUGCCAGUGUCACUCUAACUCAAGGCACCAGGAUCAAAUAAGGUGCCCUGCUUCAUCAGGGAUUGUGGCUUCUCUUUGGAGUUUGUUACCUAGCCAAUUAUGUCAGCACAUUCAGUCUCUAGAGCAGGAGUAGCCAAUGUUCUCUCUAGAUCACUGUUCUUUAACCUUGGGUCCCCAGAUAUUGUUGACCUACAACUCCCAUCAACCAUUGGCUAAGUUGGCUGGGGUUGAUGGGAGUUGGAGUCCAACAUCCAGGGGCCCAAGGCUGAAGAACAGUGAUCUAGAUGUUUGUGAACUCCGUGAAUGCCAAUUGUUGUGUCCUGUGGUCAGGGAUUAGGGGAAUUGUACUCUUAACCUAAAUAGGUAGAGGAUGUUGCACAGCAUCAUAAAGCCCAUACAAUAAUUAAAAUAUUUAAUAUGUGAA